UACCUCACAAGUUUAAAUUUGUCUAAUAAAUUGAUCUGUGUGAGUAAUUCAGCACUUGCAGGUAAUUCGGUAGAAUUAAAUAUCCUUAUUUUUUUAUAUCUGUGGGACUCACGCUGAUAUCUGCCUCUUUAGAAAUCGCGACCUGCUUCAUACCACUGUAAUGUUAAAAAACAAGAAUGUUUGCACUCACCCAUAAACAUUAUUAGAUCCAUCUGCAUGACAGCAAAACCCAUCAUUUAGCUCAUCACUGUGUCAUCAACCUACACCUUUGUUAUUGUUGGAAACUGCACUCUCUUGUGGCAUAAAAAACCUACAUAUUGUGCCUUCAACAGCUUUUGACCAUUUUUUUUCCCAAAACAGAUAGACCACAUUAUGAUAGUGGAAUGCAGACAGCGUUUUUCCCAUGUGGCAUAAUGAGUCAGUGUCUCCAGAAAUUGUGCUGUAAGGCCCCCCCUCCAGCUAGACCGGAGUAUGAUGUAGUAUGCAUUGGACUGAGCGGUGCCGGCAAGACCAGUCUGCUAUCUCGCUUGUGCAAUGAGAUCAGUGAUGGCACAAUACCAACCACAGGUUUCAGCAUCAAGGCAGUGCCAUUCAAAAAUGCGAUACUGAAUGUGAAGGAACUAGGAGGAGCUGAGACCAUCAAGAUAUACUGGAGCCGAUAUUAUCAAGGUUCCCAAGGUGUAGUGUUUGUCCUCAAUAGUACUGCAUCAGAUGAAGAGAUGGAGGCUUCCCGGUCUGAGCUCCACUUGGCCAUGCAGCAUCCUCAGCUGUGCACCCUUCCUUUCCUCAUUCUCGCCAACCACCAGGAUUCACCAGCUGCCCACUCUGUGUCGGAGAUACAGAAGUACUUUGAAUUGCAGCCGCUGAACCAAGGGAAGCGAUGGAUUCUUGCAGGCACCACAACAAGCAACAUGGAGGCUGUGAGAGAGAGUUUCAGUCAACUCAUCAGCCUUUUGGAAGAAAAGGAGGUGCUACCUAGCAGGAUAUGAUUCAAUCAAACUUCAAAGUGGAAAGUGGGUUUGAAGUGUUGCUUGCUAGAAGGAAUUUUUUGGACCUCUCAUUCGUCGUUGUUUUAUAACCCACUGGAGACAUAGAUGCAAAAAGCCACAUGUUUUGAUGAGCUGACUGACAUAUUUGUCACCCUUAGGUCAAGGGCCACACAUAUGCUGAUUUAGGAGCAGGUGAACCAAAGUCCUUCAGAAAUCAGAUUAUUUUUUUUUUUACCAUUAUUUGUAAAACUAAUAAGCUGAUGAUAAGCAAUAUGUUGUUUAUUAGUUGGCUGUCAUGUGAUGUCACAUAGAAUAUGAUAAACGGACCAAUCCAUAUUUCUUAUAAUUGCAUUCAUUCAGCACCUUUAUAGAAAAUACUUUAUUAUACAUUAUAUUAUUGUAUUUACCAUUAUUAUUGUUAUUAUUAUCAUAGCAAAUCUCUUUAUUCUUUCUUUUUUAGAGAAUUUUUUGUUCGAGAUCUUUUUUGUUCGAAAAUACGACACACCCAUUUACUUGGCACUGGUUUGAGCUGGAAUACAAACUCUAUCAAUCAGUGUCCGCAACAGCUGCAUUUGACAAGUCCCUGUCCGCCAGGCUUAAGCCCUCCAACUAUCUGUGGAGACUCCUCCCCGUCUGCCACCUCACUCUUUGCCCAGCCACGCUCGGCAGCCUCACCCCCUGUUUCCUGGUGGUAUUAUCCAAAUUCCUCUCCACAAAUUUAGAUUCCUGACUAUGCACCUCUCUGCAUUUUGUUACCAGACUUGUUUCAGAGUAGUUUAGGACUCACGCAUGCUGUGUUUCUGAAUAUUUAUAGUGUUAACCUGUGGAUGUUUUGCCCGCCAAUUGCCACUUGACGUCUUAUUUUGGGGGUAAACCAUUUGUACUGCUUUUAAAUUGAUUUGAGCACAUGUACCAGUUAGAUAUAUCAGUGAUCCUUAGUAUACCCUCAACCUACAAUCCUCAUGGCAACACUUCACUUUAAAGUUAACUAUAUUAACAUUAAUCAAUCUACGUAUAAGGUAUGAACUGCACAUUCACUGUUUUUAGAGCACUUAUUAAUCUAGGUCAGUGUUUGGUUAAAUAUAGAUACUAUUGUUAAUUUUAUGUUUGUUAAUAAUAUAUGUUCAAAAUGUACUGUUGAAAUUACUCAGUUAUUACUUAUUAUAAACAGUUUAUAUUUAUUAAAUGCUGUAAACUUGUAAAAAGUUUGAUGUUAGUUUAUUUUAGCUAUGACAUUCAUGUUAUCCCUAUUUUAAAUGAUCACCAUCUCACA